AUGGAUCCAUCGUUCAUAAAUGAAUUAACUAACUGUUUACAACAUACUGUUUCACCAGAAAGAGAAACCAGAAGGUCGGCAGAGGCAUAUCUUAAAGCUGUGGAACUACGCCCGUCGUAUUGCUUAUGCUUGCUCCAUAUUCUUCAGGAUCCGAAUGUCCCUUCCCCAACACGAAUAGCUGCAGCUAUCACUUUGAAAAACUUCAUCAAGAAUCACUGGCAAGUUGACUCAGAUGAGACAGAUCGUAUACAUGCAUCUGAUCGUGAAGGAUUACGCAAUCAACUUAUUGGAGCUAUGCUUUCUGUAGCAGGGAAUAUCCAAUCACAACUUUCCGAAGCCAUAAGUACAAUUUGGCGAGAGGACUUCCCGGAAAAUGGCCGAAUUUGA